AAGAACAUAACAACAAAGGUCUCGCUCCCCAUCCUCAAAAAAUCCUUAUCCCUCGGUUUACCCUUUCUUCCUCUUUAAAUACCACUCAUGUCCACUCUACCUACACUCUCACCCCAAAAAAUCCUCGAGGCUAAAAUUGUCUCACACUGCUAUUUCUACAGCGCCAAUUCGGUCAAACCCAGUUUCUUCCUUCCCAACCCCCACGCCACCGCUGCGAGGAGCAGCAGAAGAGUGAAGCAGCUCAUCCACCGCGGCGCAACUGGUGGCGCAUCCGCACCGGCAGGGCAGCCAAUGAGCGUAGCACACAUGGCAUCCUCAAAUGUUGACGGAACAGACGAUCGUAUCUCUCGGAUCUCCUCUACCAUCCGGGUCAUACCCGAUUUCCCCAAACCAGGGAUUCUGUUUCAGGAUAUAACAACGUUAUUGCUUGAUCCCAAGGCAUUUAAGGAUACGAUCGAUUUGUUCGUUGAGAGGUAUAAGGACAAAAACAUCAAUGUUGUUGCGGGUGUAGAGGCAAGAGGUUUUAUAUUUGGUCCUCCAAUUGCAUUGGCUAUUGGGGCAAAAUUUGUUCCUAUGAGAAAGCCCAAAAAAUUGCCUGGGGAGGUAAUAUCAGAAGAGUACUCUUUGGAGUAUGGAACUGACACGAUGGAGAUGCAUGUUGGAGCUGUACAACCUGGAGAACGUGCAAUUGUAGUAGAUGAUCUCAUUGCUACAGGGGGAACCUUAAAUGCAGCAAUCCGCCUGCUUGAGCGCGUUGGAGUCACUGUGGUUGAAUGCGCUUGUGUAAUUGAAUUGCCGGAACUGGAGGGUCGGGUCAAGUUAGGAAACAAGCCGCUGUUUGUUCUUGUGAGCUCAGCUUGAGGAUGACAAUCAAUGGGAAGAAUAAUUGCUACUUCACCAAUCUUUUCAUCUUGUUAGCUUGUGCUUAAUCCUUUGUAUUGGAUAUUAAAAAAUUUAAUGCAUCAGCCUGCAUGGUCUGGAGAAACUGCUUGUAUCCGGGAUGAUAUCCAAACCCUUUGUCCAUUGGCAAACGGGCCGGAGUUUGUGAUGCUUAUGGAAAGACUCUUUGUGUGAAAUAACCCAUAUUUUUUUAUUCC